AAGUGCUCGGGUCCGGCACGGUCCUGCGUGUGCGCCCGCGCUCAGUUCGAUCCCGAAGAUAGGCCCGAUAGUACGUCGCCAAGGUACUGCUGUGCUUACCUGCGUCCUUGUGCAUGGUGGUGGUGGUGGUGGUUGUGGUGGUAGUGGUGUCCGUCCCGCAAUCUGGUAGGCAACGCGGAUGGAUCUCGUACCGCCCGUAAUCGCUGUGCAGUGUCUUUCCGGGGUUGUGGCCAUCGGACGAAAGUGUCCCGCGGUUGUGAUUGCCGAUCUCGAGAUCAGUGAGCCAGUGAGACAGCAGCCGUGGCAGAAUUUGCUGUGCGUACCCUGAUCCCCGCCUGAGAAAAAAAAAAAACUUGAGCAAUUAGUUAGUGCCCCAUUUGUGGAGCGGACCACCCGCCCGAAGUUCAGUCAGUAGGUCGCAAACGGGGGAACGGGGAAAACAGAGGAAUUACAUCAGGGCCGCAGCUUUCCACGAACGGCGAGCACAAUGAAGCCCAAACCGCGACGGUGGUACCGCUGGUAGGCAGUGGGCUAGUUGAGGGUGGUGGUGGUGGUGACGCGAGUGAAGGCGCGCAGCUGUGAAACGAGGCAAAAAAGCCACCCGGCCCCCCCGUUCAGAGUGGACGACUCUGCAAGGUUGUUUAUAGUCAGGCUAAAAAUCGAUGACGAUUAGUGCCAGAAAGGGGGUACGGGAAGACUGAUACUGAUACAGAACGGCAGAAGAAGAAGAAGAAGAAGAAGAAGAAGGAAACCAACACAGCUAUAGUGUCACCUCGCACACACACACACACACCUACAUUAUACCACAAUCAUUACUAUCGCAGAAUAGCGCUGGGUGCGUCUGUUGUGCGUCGUUCGGAGCGUGCUUGGGUGUCUGUCCCGAGGCGCCUCUUCAAAAAUUGCGCGACAAGAUCCCGGACCGUAUCACGACGGGGGUGACGAAAGCCUGGAGCCUGAUAGUGGUGGUGGGGGUCGUCGUGGUGGUGGUGGUGGUGGUGGUCGUGGUGCCGGACCAGCAGGACGGAUCGAUUGAGCGCGGCAAAGGGAAGCGGCGGACGGCGAUGGCGAGCAGGGUAGCGGUGGUGCUCGGUUUGGUACUGGCCAGCCUGAGACCGCUGGCAGUGGAGGGAAAAAUUUACAGAAAUUACUCCGACAUCGGCGAACUGUCCAAGAAUCAUGCCAGCCUGUCGCUGUCCGAUAUACUGCCAACACACCAGAAAACAUACGACAAAAACCGUGCACCUAAGCUGCUAGGUCAACCGACAGUCGUCUACUUCCAUGUCACUGUCCUAUCGAUCGACUCCAUCAACGAGGAGUCCAUGACGUACGUGGCGGACAUCUUUUUGGCACAAAGCUGGCGCGAUCCGCGCCUACGGCUACCAGAAAACAUGAGCGAAGAGUACCGGAUACUGGACGUCGACUGGCUGCACAGCAUCUGGCGGCCGGACUGCUUCUUCAAGAACGCCAAAAAGGUGACGUUUCACGAGAUGAGCAUACCGAACCACUACCUCUGGCUGUACCACGACAAGACGCUGCUGUACAUGUCCAAGCUGACGCUCGUCCUGUCCUGUGCGAUGAAGUUCGAGUCGUACCCGCACGACACGCAGAUCUGCUCGAUGAUGAUCGAAAGUUGUAAGUAUGGGCAGUACCAGGGGCAGGGAUGCAGGGUUUUGUUGAAGAAGUUACGAAGGAAGAAGUUGGCGGAAGAGUUGCCCGAGGUUUGGUUUUGGUGGUUUUUGGCCCGUGGAAUCCUGAAGCGUGUAGCUGAAUGUUGUGCAGGCGGAGCAUUUGGAGGUGAGAGAUCUGGCUUUGGAAUGUAAGUUGUUGUGUGUUACUCGUAGAUACUGCUAUGCAUACUUCAGCUCCAGCAAUGCCUAUUGGUAGUAUUACUGUACCCGUCUGGUAAGAGUUGUUCGGUAGCUUGCUAGACAAUUUCGCAAAGGUUCUACGCUCUGCUUCCAAUACCUGGGGACGACCUCCAAUAGUCCGGUUUUAUUCGCAAGGAUGUACCAGGUAUGCAUUCUACAGACUCAAGUUCGCAGGCAGAGUUCUACACCACAUCGCAUCUAUUUUGUUGUUGUUGUAGCCAGUGACCCAAUCAGCGAUUUAGCCGCCUCAGCUCGAUCAAAAACAUCAUCACCGAGUAGCUCGUCUUCAGCAUGCUGGCGAACGUUUGCCACGACACCUCGACGAUGUCGCUGCCGCGCAAGGACAGGCUGCGCUGCGUCGCGAGCAGUAUGAUGCUGAGGGUGGUCCGGAACUCGCGCAAGGCAGCCGGCUGGUCCUUCCCAUACUUCAGCCAGUCGGACCAUUUAUCGUUGUACAGCGUCCAGCCAAUCCGCUUGUUCUAACGUGGGACGGGAAAGGAGGUAAAGAAAGAAAGGGUCACACACAGGAUUUGAUAGGCGUCCGUCGUCGUGCUAGGUACGCACCGUUGCCUGCAGGUCUUCAACGAGCUUGCAGCAGUAGUACCACUCGAAGACGAGCAGCACUGAGAAGAUUGACACGCAGACCGACACAAAGUUGAGCCCGUAGUACGAGAUGAAGAAGGUGUCGAUGGCGAGCGAGAGCAGCGCGGUGUAGUACUGCACGGUGAUGGAGAAGCUGUGGACCCGGUUCACCUCGCGCACCUGUCUGGGGAAAGCAAAAUGGUUGUAGCGCGGGU